UUCUUACCCUGUUUCAAUGCAGUGGUGAUGGUCCAGCUGGAGCGGCUCUUUAUGCUGUUUCAAUGGGUAUUUAUGUGUCAACCACGUGGGUAGGUCUGUUGUAAUAUAUAAGGUUGGUAGAAUUCCACCCAUGCAACAAAUUGAACCAGAUGUUUUUCUUUGAUGAUUCAGUAGACUUGUUGUCAUCUGAACCAGAGUAAUGUCAUUAUUAUUUUUCCAAAUUCCAGAUUAUUAACCGUAUUUAAAUUCCACAGCUGUCAUGUUGGUAUUUGAAGAUAGACACAAAAAGCGGGAGUAACUCAGUGGGUCAGACAACAUCUCUGGAGAAAAGGAAUGGGUGAUGUUUCGAGACCCUUCUUCAGACUGAAGAACAGUCUCGGCCCAAAGCAUCACCCAUUCUUUACUCCAGCUUUUUGUGUCUAUCUUUGGUUUAAACCAGCAUCUGCAUUUCCUUCCUACAUAUGUUGGUAUUUGAACUCGGGAUCACCAGUCUCGUAACAUAUUCACUGUACUGCCACCACAAUACCAUCACCCUCACAGAGUGACUUUAUAAUUCCAAUGGAUGACAAUUGUAGCAGGUGGGAGAGAAUAAAAAUACCAGAGGCUGAUGAUUAAAACAGUGUGGAAGAGAGUGCAAACACAGGGGCUGAAGCAGCAGCAAGUGAGAGUGAGUGCAUGCUGAGAAAUAAUGUCUGGAAAAGUCAUGAACUCGCCCAGUACCAGUGGUUUAUGGUAGAAUCAAUGAAAUGACAUACAAUUACAGGGUCCAAUUGGUGUCAUAGGAGUUGGGUAGUAUGCAAGUCCAAGGGUUGAUGUUGACAGUAAGUGUGAGAGUGUGGGGUUUAUUGUCUGGGUAUGAUUUUACGGCAGGUCUAAAAUGUCCAAUUCCAAAAUUGUCAACUGAACCAGAUGUGAGAACCAGUCUGCAGAAGGGUCUCGACCCGAAAUGUCACCCAUUCCUUCUCUGCAGAGAUGCUGCCCGUCCCGCUGAGUUACUCCAGCAUUUUGUGUCUACUUCAGAUGUGAGAAAGUGUGCAAAUCAAAGAGAUAAUGGUUGAAGCAAUUGUGAGAAUGUGCAAAUCCAAUGACUGAUGAAUGAGGCAUUUAGAGUGCGUCGAUUUUUAUUAUUAUGAUACGUAUAUACAAAAAUGAAAAUACAAGACCGAUACAGACACAAUUGUGCAAGUUAAGGAAUGCUGGAUCAGGUUUGAGCAGGAUUUUCAAAGCAGAAGUGCUGAUGGCAGAAUUGGUUAUGGAAGUUUGCAAUUCAUAAGUGACAGGAGCAGAAUUAGGCCAUUCGGCCCAUCAAGUCUACUUCGCCAUUCAAUCACGGCUGAUCUAUCUCUCACUCCUAACCCCAUUCCCCAUAACCUGUGACACCCGCACUAAUCAAGAAUUUAUCUAUCUCUGCCUUAAAAAUAUCAAUUUACGGCCUCUGCAGCCCUCUGUGGCAAAGAAUUCCACAGAUUCGCCACCCUCUGACAAAAGAAAUCCCUCCUCAUCUUCCUAAAGGAACAUCUUUUAAUUCUGAAGCUAUGACCUUUAGUCUUAGACUUUCCCAUGAGUGGAAACAUCCUUUCCAAGUCCAUUCAAAGGGCUAUCAGCUGUAGCAUGUGUGAGAGAGUGCAAUUGUGUGGUGUUGCUGAUGCAACGUGUGAGAUUGUGCAUUCCAUGAGCAAAUGGCAGAAGCACAGGCGAAAGAUGUUCAAUUCCAGGGGCUGAUAUUGCAAACAGUUGUGGAAAAUGGGCAGUUGUGUGGACUGACAGCUAAGCAUGGUGUCGUUGAGUGAUACAGCAUGGAAACAGGCCCUUCGGCCCAACGUCCACACGGGCCAACAUGUCCCAGCUACACUAGUCCCACCUGCCUGCGUUUAGUCCUUAUCCUUCCAAACCUGUCCGAUCCAUGUACCUGUUUCUUAGACGUCGGGAUAGUCCCUUCCUCAACUACAUCCUCUGGCAGCUUGUUCGAUGAACCCACCAACCACCCUGUGUGAAAUGAGUGUGCAUUUCCAGUUGUAGGCGUGAGAGUGUGCAACUCCAUGGGUUUUUUUUGGACUGGACAGACUGAGGGCAAUGCAAGACCAGCGGCUGAUCUUUGAAUCGGAUGUGGCAGAACAUGCACAUCCAGGGUUGCGUUGGCCGGCAGUGUGAGAGAGUGUGCAAGCGCGGAGGGUCGAGAGCUGGAGCUGAUGUGUAAGGUUGAGCAGUACGUGUAUCGUCAGAGGGAUUGAAAUGACAAACAUGCGAGGGUGCUGCUGCUGCUGAAUACCCGGUUGCAGGGUGUGAUCAGAGUGUGCAAUUCCAGGACCAGGUGUAAGAAAGGGUGCAAUUCGGUUGCCGCCGGCGGCCGAAGCAGAGUGGCAGUAGUUUGACAGCGGUUAAAGGCUUGUCCGGCUGCAGCUGGCGGGUGUGGCUGCAUUAUCUCUGAGAUGCAUGGCAGAAACCCUCAUUCUGCUCCUCACAAGAUAUGUGUGAUGGAUAGCGAUCUCUUGGCCCAGCAGGAUACAGGGACCAUGCAUGCUGUAAUUGGUCAGGAUCCUAUGAUUUCUGGACAGCAACUCAGCAAACCCUUGCUGUCCCUACGAGCUGAAAUGAAUGCAGAAUCGAGAGGUGAGGACAAGACGGCCACUUCAGACAAUGAGCUAAAUGAUUCUCUGGUUGUGCCUGUGGAAUUAAAUGACAGCGAGGACACUCCCAGCAAGCUCUUCGGGGCAAGAGGAAGCACUACACAUUCGGAACCUGGCACACCUGACCAACACCAGCCUAGCCAAACACACCCUUCAUUCACAGUUGGGGCACAGCCAUUGCUAACAGCACAACAGCCAUUGCUAACAGCACAACAGCUGGCCUCAGCUGUAGCAGGAGUGAUGCCAACCAGCAAUCCUGCCCUCAAUCAGCCUAUCCUCAUACCGUUUAAUAUGGCUGGGCAGCUCGGCAACCAGCAGGGGCUCGUUCUCACAUUGCCGACUGCCAAUUUAACCAACAUCCAGAGCUUGGUUGCAGCAGCUGCCGCUGGAGGCAUCAUGACAUUACCACUGCAAAACCUGCAAGCUACCUCAUCCUUGAAUUCUCAAAUCCAGCAACUCCAACAUCUUCAGCAGCUGCAACAUCAACAGCAACAAGGCCAACAUCAGCAUCAGCAGAACCACCAGCUGCCUGGCCAGCAGGCAACAUCCCCUCAAAAAAACAGCCAGUCCCCAGGGCAAGGCCUCCAUUCACCACUGACACCAACCAAUCCACUUCAGUUGGCAAGUCAAGCAGCAGCGAUGGGUUCGAUGGGUUCCAUUGCCGGAUCCCAGGCUUUCAGCAAUGCUCUGUCCAACCUACAAGGGAUGACUUCCCAGCUCGUCACCAAUGCACAAGGCCAGAUAAUCGGGACGAUCCCUUUGAUGUCAAACCCUACAGUGCCAUCUAAUCAAAAUGCAGGUGGGACUCAAGGCAUCCAAGUACAACCAAUUACCCCUCAGCUUCUGACUAAUGCCCAAGGUCAGAUCAUCGCCACAGUGAUUGGAAAUCAGAUCUUGCCAGUAAUCAACACACAGGGAAUAACACUGUCGCCCAUUAAACCAGGCCAGCAGCAACAGCAACAGCAUCCGCAGGUAGGCCAGGCAGUGUCCCAGGCUAACCUUCUGCACAUGGCACAUGGGCAGUCCUCCCUCGCACAAAGCCCAGUGCGCCAAGCCUCCUCUUCUUCCUCUUCAUCCUGUUCUUCUUCGGCUCUGAGUGUUGGACAGUUAGUCAGCAAUCCUCAAACAGCAGCCAGUGAAGUUGAUGGAGUAAACCUUGAAGAAAUUCGUGAGUUUGCAAAAGCUUUUAAAAUUCGACGUCUGUCUCUAGGUCUGACACAGACGCAGGUUGGACAGGCCUUAAGUGCCACUGAGGGACCAGCAUACAGCCAAUCUGCCAUCUGCAGACACACCAUCCUGAGAAGCCACUUUUUCCUACCACAGGAUGCCCAAGAGAGCUCUAUAGCUAGCAGUCUGACAGCCAAACUGAACCCUGGCCUUUUGUAUCCUGCCAGGUUCGAAAAGCUGGACAUCACCCCUAAAAGUGCCCAGAAGAUUAAGCCCGUUCUUGAGCGGUGGAUGGCUGAGGCUGAGGCCCGCCACCGAGCAGGAAUGCAGAAUCUAACUGAGUUUAUCGGCAGUGAGCCCUCCAAAAAACGCAAGCGGCGGACGUCUUUCACCCCCCAGGCCUUGGAGAUCUUAAAUGCCCACUUUGAAAAGAAUACGCACCCGUCAGGCCAGGAAAUGACAGAAAUCGCCGAGAAACUGAACUAUGAUCGGGAAGUGGUUAGAGUGUGGUUCUGCAACAAGAGGCAAGCGCUGAAAAACACAGUCAAACGCUUAAAGCCACCCGAGCCCUCGACAGGCCUGGCCAUGGAACCUCUCACAGACACUUUCGAAGAAGCCUCGUAAAAAAAAAUAAAAGGUCCACCAGUAAGUCAUGAAGCGACAUCUUUGGAAGAGUCCUUGCACAUCUCCUGCAAGUAAAAGAAUGCAAAGUGCUGUGUGUUGACACAUUUUCAGACUGUCUGUUGAAUUUACUAUUGAAAAAAGCAACACAUUAUUGUGCGUAGAAUUAGUUUUAAUGGAAAAAAAAAACACCCGGUCUUUUAGCAGGCUGAAACUGAACCAAAUAGACAUUUCUUGUACUGUAAAAUAUGUGAAAAUAUUUGACUGAGAAAAACACCUACCAUGAGUUACAGAGAGCUCUAAUUGAACAAAGGGACCGCAUCUGAAGUAGUGCCUGUCAUUCAGUGUCAGGUACUGUGCUGCAUUAUUACUAAUCUGUUAACCAAAGUCAGAACUUAAAAAAGCACCAGAAUCAAAGCUAUUAGCCUACUGGUUUUCAACGUAUAUUGUAUUUGAAGUUUUUACAUUUGUGAUUACAAAAAACGGAUGAAUUACUUUUCCUCCCCCUCACAGAUUGCGUCUGUUUAUCAUGUUGUGGGAUCACAACUGUGAAAAUCAUUACAACGGUGUCAUUUUGUCUUUCUUACGUGCGACUGAAAUGUUUGUGUGCCAACAAUUUCUAAGUAAUAAGCAGCUGCCAGUGGUUCUGUGUGAUGAGUUUUAAAUUGCACUGUAGUUCAGUAGUGCAAUAUGAAAGGGGGAUUAUACACAUCGCCAGUAAUGCAAUGUUGAGUUUCCCUUUAUUACAGUGGCCACAAACACAAAGAGGUUCUAUUUAGCAUUCCUGUAUCACAACCUCAAUUGUCUGUCUAAUUGCAGCAUCAAUGUGAAUUUUGUGUGCAAAGCAAUUUUUCCAAAGUCUGUUAGCCAAAGAAUUUCAACAGCAUUGUGGUUAAGAGAAAAAUGAUAAAGGUUAAAUUAGUGAUUAGGACUUAGUCGUGACCACAUCAUAGACUGUUUCAUUGUUAAUCUUAUUUAUUCAGAAUAAGUAUUGGAGCAAAGGCACUGAGCUACAGUAACUGCACAAGCUGUAACUGGUAAUCAUAUUUCAUUUACAGCUCCUGUUUUUCUUACAGAUGUUUAGAUGGCUGAGCAUUUUCCAGUUCCCCAAAUCCCCAAUGCCAAGGAAGCACAUAAAUGCACAUACACAUAUAACAAAGGUUUUCUUUAAUGACAGCUGUGGUGUCUCUUUUGUUGGCCAAAAAAUUGUGUCUCUUUUGUUGGCCAAAAAAUAUUUUCCACAUCAGGGUCACUAUUUAUGACUUGUUAAUUUGUAGAAGACAGCAUAGCCCCAAAGAAUUUGGAAUAUAUUCCAGAUCUGGUCACACGAGAUCAUGUCUACAUUAGAUCUCACCAAAUAUUACAUAUUUAUUUGGAAACAGUGGAUUUGAAAUUACCAAAGACAGUGAAACCAGGGACAUUGAAAAGAGAUAUAUUCGCAAUUAUUUUACUCUUUCCAAUUGAACUUUAUAAAUCACAUUUAGGCCAAUAUCUGAGGAUCUCAACUUUCACAUGAAGUAGCAUAUUAUCAUAUUCAUGCAACAUAGAAAGAAAAUGGCAGAAGUGAUAUCAAAUUAGUAGACAACGUCAUAGAGCUAUUUCAUUCAGGAAUUUGUUUUCCAUUGGUGGCAUACUAUGAUAAUCAGUGGCGGACUGGCCAGGGUGUCAGCUUGCCCGGUGGCAAGUGGGCCCCUGAUGAAGUGGGCCCCCUAUAUCAAGUGGGCCCCUAUAUGAAGUGGGCCCCCUAUAUCAAGUGGGCCCCUAAUGAAGUGGGCCCCCUCUGUCUCCUGGCAACCAAUAUUUUUAGACUCAGUCCGCCACUGAUGAUAAUGAUGAAGUUGCAGUGUGUUUAUUUCACUUCUCCAUUGACUUCACUGGAACCACAUAGUGGAGCCAGAAGACAAAUCACAGACUCUACCAUAUUGCACAUUUUAUGGCAAUGAUUGAUGAAACCAUUCUCUUUACUUAAAUGUCUUUAAUCCAGACUUCCUGAAACCAAUCAGGUUUGUUUCUCCACUACAUUAUUACACCUUGAUUCAAAUAUUGAGCAAACAUCAGUGGAUAUUCUAAAAUGGAUAAAUGGUGGAAAUGGUUUUGCAUCAGUGGUCCUUUAUUGAGUAGAUAUCUGCUUUCAUAAUACCCAUUUUAUUGACAAGAAGUCAAAUAAGAUGAUGGACAAGUGAUUAUUCAAGUCUCAGGCCAAAUGGAUUAUCACAUUUUUGUCUACUGAAUAAACCCAGCAUCUAUGUGUAUUAGGUGGUGUUUGACUCAAAGCAUCAUGUUAGUGUUGUGAUAUGGAGGAGAAAAAAAUAAGUAGAACAUAUUGUCCAAAUUCAAGCCAUUUGGUCAACAGUAAGUGCGGUUGCAAAACAUUUGUUCAAGAGAUUGUUUUUUUUAAAGUGCAGGGCUUGAGGGAAAGUGUUGUGACUGGAAAGAUGAAGAUCGCCAAGCUUCAAGUGAUACUUCCGACACUGUAAUGGGACAUUUAUAUCAUGAAUUAAUAUUCAUCUAUGUGGCCAAACGGUGAAGAGAGCUGAGCAAUAAUUAAACAUUACACAGUUAAUGACAAACAUAAUGGCCAGUUAUUGUUGUGGGUGUACUAAACUUCCAGAAAUGUCGCCUAGACUGCCUGAGGCCAGGUGAAAAGUCUGCCAUAUAUCAAACCAUGCAUGUUAUUUCAAAGGAGCCAACCUUCAAUAUAAUGGAGGGAUGAGAAUCAGUCACGUUGAGCUGAAAUGGGUUGCAACAAAAGUAAUUUCAUCCAGACUCUACUAACUGCCACCCUGAGAAUCUUCAUAAUCAUAAGUUCCUGAAGGCCUAAUGGUCAUAACACAAUGGAAAGAGAAUCAUUACUAAUAAACCACACGUUUUAAAGUGCUAUUACUGAUUUGUUCUAUUGAGCAAUCUCAUCAAGACAAUCGCUACAGUAUUAGGUUGUUUGUCUGGUAAUUCCUUGAAUACAUUGAUCACUUGAAUUAUUACUAAAUAGUUUUUCAGCAUUCCAGACCCCGGCAUUAUAAUCCCCAGUAAAAUGCUAACCAAUAUUGCAGAAGCAUUGUUGUACAACUGGCCAUCAAGAGAGACAUUGCAAUAUGACAGCUGUUGUUUCCAUUGAUUAUGUGUCUUACAUUGAUAUAACAUUCCUUAUCCCUUUCUCUAAUUUCUAAUGUUUUUUUUCUGUCCCCUUCAAGAUCCUUAUUUAACUUUAGAGAUUUUGAAAAAAAUCUAAUACUUGAAAACGUUUUCUUUAACUCAUUUACUCAUUCACACCAAAUUAGCAGAUAUGAAAUAUACUGAAUGAAACUGAGAAAGAUAAGUAGAGGCUUAAUGUAACUCAAGCUGUAACCAAAUAUAGAAUCAAAAUGCCUUUGCUCAUCUUAUCAAUGCUGGACCAAAGCUCAGAGUAUAUGAGUAUAGGUAUAUGCACAUUGUAUAGAUGUGGCUCAAUAUUACAGACAAUCUCACAAUAUUAAGCUGUUACUUUUUAAAUCUCUUUAUAAAUACUUUACCUCAACACUCUACUUCUAGUACCCUAAAUUCCAACAUUCAAAACCACUAAUUUUCUUGUUAGAGUUUGAUCAAUUGAGUGAAAUCUGUUUGGGUUGAAGUUUGCAUUGUUCUCAGCUGAAUGUGUAAGUCAUGUGUUUUGCUUGUUUAUAAAUUGAGAAAGUUCUAUUUGUAGCACAGUGUCCAUUGAUUCAUUUGCAAAUGAGCGUUUUGCUAAAAGCUAUAAAAUUGUUGCCAGGGUCACUCAAAUAAAUUGCUGCAGAGUCAAGGUGUGAAACGCACCACCGUUACACUGACAGUAAAGAAGACGAUCUCAUUGGAACUUCAAAUCAAAGGAGGUUAAAAACUGGAGCCAGAGACAAAACCUACCCAAUGAAGAUCCUUUACUGUUCAGACAUUUAAACCAAAGCUGACUUACCUGCACAGGUUGCUUACCUUUUAUAGACUGAAAAUACUGUACUUUAUCUACAGCAAUAUCUGUAUGGUCAGUUAAGCUGCACUUUGUGUAUUUCUAAACAGCUUCAGAUCUGUCACUUUUACUUUGUACCAUAAAAAUAAACAAAACAUUUGAAAUGAUAUUUUUAAACAAAAUGAUUAUUUCAUGGAUACUU